GGGGGUCGGGGGCUGCUCGGUGCCUCACGGCGCUGCCGCUUUGUCUGUGUGUCCGUCCGUCCGUCCUUCCCCCGGCCUCACGCAGGGGCUGGUGGGUCCUCUCUCUCUCUCUCUCUCUUUUUUUUUUUUUUUUUUUUUUUUUUUUUUUUUUUUUUUUUUUUUGUUCCAAUUCGGUGAGAUCAUCUCGCCCGGAGGCUGAAGUGUGACAGAAAUGCUAAGUAGUGCCGCCGGUUCCCUCGUCUAAACGCGCUUGUCGUCUUGCUUGCAGCCGGUAGCCUUUCGGGAAAUGGAUGCCCGAGGGAGGUGGGGACAGGAACCCGCGGAAGGGGGCCAAAACCUGAAAGCCUAAGGUAUAUGUAGCUUAGAUAAAAACGAACGUGUAUCUUAGCGAGUGUGCUGAAGUAGCUGUCAGUUAAGGAGUAAAAGAGUUAGUCUUAGGCUAAAAAUUCUACCAAACGUGAACUGUUGCAGUGUGACACCUGUUUCUUUGCAAUGCAAGAGUAAUCCCGAGUGAUAAAUGCCUUUCAAUUUCACGUUUUUACACCUUACUACUGAGAACCCUUCAGCUCUUCAAUACUCUUAAGUAUCUUGAGUGCCAGAGCAUUUCAUUUUGGUGCUCUUGAUACCCUAAAAUAUUUCAAGGGCCAAAGCACUUCGUUUUGAUGUUUGAUAAUAAUAACUAUGGGUAGUAGCUGCCAUGCAAACAGAUGGGACAACUGAACACUUCACACUUCUUAUCGUUUCUAAGUGACUCAUUUAAAGAGUGUGACUAAUCGCCCUACCAUACAGUUGUCAACAAAACAGUAUUUUUUUUCUACCACCCACAAAAACCGAGGAAGAGGUUUCCAGGUUUUGUAUGGACGCAAAAUGAAAAGUGAAGAGUCUCUUUUGAGCAACAGGUGGAAUGCAGAUUGAGGGAGAUGGCACGCGAUGGACUUUUCAUCUCUGGAACUUAUUUGAGAGUUUUUCUGUGCAGCACACGGUGAUACAUCCAGGAAGUCAGUUAACUUAUGGUCGUGGCAGGGCAAACAGUAGCACUUACUGUCAGACUUUCAUCUAAAUAACAGCUUUAAAUGAAUUUUAUCUGUCCUCUUCCCCUUUUCUGUUUAUCUCAAGUGGUAAGUCAUCAAGAGCAGAGGCGCUUUCUUUAAUAUUCAGUGCAGUAUGGGUUGGGCAUUUUCAUGACAACGGCCGAGUGUUGGUGCCAUCAGGAUGAUGAUAAUGCCAUAACCUUGUGCUGAGUGGAGGGAGGAGACAAUUGCAUUUGCUUUGAGGAAACCACGGUAAUAAGAGCUGGCUGAGAAAUUGGUGUUUCAAACUGUGAGAGGAGAAGUGACCUGAUUUGAAUGUAGCCAUGAACAGAAGCCAGCGAUUACUUAGCUUGUGAGGUUGAGCAAAGAGAGAGAUAGUAAGUUAACAGCCCCCACAAAUAUCAAAAUAGAAAAGGUCUUCAAAGGGAGGUACUCAGAGUUAACUUUAAGUUAAAUGAGUUAAGGAGCUAGGAGAGAAGCAUUGCGUACUUUGGAGUGCAGUAUUGGAUGCAGGAGAGAGCUGAAUGACGAGUCUGGUUGGGAAGGGAUGUUUGCAAGCGCAGUUACCUGCGGUGGGGGGAAAAGUAGCAUAUGGGAUGGAAAAUGAGGAGACGAAGGAUGCAUCAGAAUGGAUCCACAAGAGAACAUAAGCAAGGACAACCUGGCAUUCGCAUUAUGGAUCGCUCUCGGCACCGUGCAGGGAACGGCAAUGAGCAGGCGUCUUCACGAGAGCACAGUUACGGCGAAGAUGAGAGACAACGACAGCGGGAGCGCCUCAGCAGGGAGGAAGCCUAUUACCAGUUCAUCAAUGAGCUCAACGAAGAAGACUACAGGCUGAUGAGAGACCGCAACCUGCUCGGCACCCCUGGGGAAAUAACAGCAGAAGAGUUGCAGCAACGUUUGGAGGGGGCUAAGGAGCGUCUGGCAUCGCAGGCUGAUCUGGAAAACAGAGAAGGUGAAGGUAGAGCUGUUGGAGAUUCUGACGUUCUCGGAGAAAACUCAAAUGGAGAUUCUUUGCUGGAAUGGCUGAACACGUUUCGUCGCACAGGCAACGCCACUCGCAGUGGACAGAGUGGGAACCAAACCUGGAGAGCUGUGAGUCGAACAAAUCCAAACAGUGGGGAAUUUAGAUUUAGUCUUGAAAUCAACAUAAAUCAUGAGCACAACAGUUUUGAAACUGCUGGUGAAGAGUACGUGGGUAUAGAUAGUAGCAGGAUGUAUUUAGAAAGAAGACAUCAAAGAGCUGUCAGUCCCGUAACCACACGAACGAGGAGCAGGACCGCGAGAGAGGCCAACAGCGAGACUUCAGGCACUGCGAGGACCAGGUCUUUAAGAAGUUCUGUGGCGCAGAGCUCUGAAGCAGCCUCGCACCCAGUCUCAGGGAGGCUCAGGAGUAGAACGAGGGAGUUGGCAGGCCUUCACCAAACAAGUGCUACACGUAAUAAUUCUGCAGCUGCUGGCGAGCAGAGAGAAAUGCCAGAAAGAGGUACUUCUGCAGGAGUCACAAGAGGCAGAUCUAGAACUAAUGUUCGGAUGAAUUCAAACCAAAGACUGGAAAUUCUGCGGUUGAGGUCUACUCUGAGUAGUCGAAGCCGCUCUCCACUGCAAAGGCAAGGUGAUGCUGCUCGUUCUGAGGAACACGGGCAGAGGCAGGAUAGAAAUACACAGCCAGCCACCAGAACCAGAAGACAAACAGCACAGCUUUCUAUGCAGCCUGCCGAAGAACAAGCAAGAGGUGCUGCUCAGACUCCUCAGGUUUCCAGUGCAGCCCCAUCCUUGGGAAUAACUUCAGAGGAGGAGGAGGAAUCUAGUAGGCCGGUAGCUGCUGUUAGAAGGCAUCCAACGAUUACACUAGAUCUUCAGGUGAGAAGAAUUCGGCCUGGAGAAAACAGAGACCGGGACAGUAUUGCUAGUAGAACUCGUUCUAGAGUAGGAAUGGCAGAAAACACAGUUACCUUUGAAAGUGACAGUGGGGGAUUUCGGCGCACGAUAUCGCGAUCAGAACGUGCGGGUAUUCGAACCUACGUUAGCACUAUACGGAUACCUCUUCGCCGGAUUUCAGAAACGGGGCUUGGUGAACCUUCAUCGGUGGCCCUUCGAUCGAUCCUUAGACAGAUUAUGACCGGUUUUGGAGAACUGAGUUCUUUAAUGGAAACUGAAUCUAACUCAGAAAUGCAAAGAGGCGGCCAUCACUUAGCAGAUGUACACGCAGAGCAGAAUAACUCCAGUUCAGCCAACAAUAGCAGUGAUCCAAGUGAGUUUUCUUCUAGGAAUGGGCACACGGCAGAAGGUGGCAGUGAAACAGACGGACAGAGUGAUGAUGUUCAACACUAUGGCCGCAGUAAUGAAAAUCAAGAAAGCAGACAGUCUCAAGAUGCUAACAACCUAGUGGAAAAUGGAACGCUGCCCAUUCUUCGUCUUGCCCACUUCUUCCUGCUGAAUGAAGAUGACGAAGAUGAGCGUUUAAGAGGUUUAACCAAAGAGCAGAUUGACAAUCUUUCCACCAGGAAUUAUGGGGAUAUUCACACUGAAGACGAAAUAAGUAAAACGUGUAGUGUUUGCAUUAACGAAUACGUAACAGGAAAUAAGCUAAGGCAGUUACCUUGCAUGCAUGAGUUUCAUAUUCAUUGUAUUGAUCGCUGGCUUUCUGAAAACUCCACUUGCCCGAUUUGUCGGCAGCCUGUUUUGGGGUCUAAUGCCACAGACAACGGCUAAAAUGAUUUAUACUGCUCAGUAUUGAAGGGUUUAUUUCUGCUCUAUUUAUAAUGAGCCAGAUCAAAUGAGUUGACUUGCAUAGGGGUCCAUUUGUUUGGGGAGUUUUGUUAGGUUUCUUUAAAAAUAAUAGGAAACUUGUCUAAAUCUAGCAAUGUAAAUACUAUUUUUCUCCAAGUGCAGAUCUAGGAGUACACAUAGAACCAAAUGAUAUCGGUAAAGUUUAUAUUUUUUUAGGUAAUUUUGUUAAGCUAAGCACUUUUGUAAAUACAGAAAUGCAAUAGUUAAUCAGUCCUGCUUAACGUAUGUUUUUUUUAACAGUGUAAUGGACUCACUUUAUUUAGAUGACAAAUUGUUUCACACAGACCUACCACUGUGUUGAAAAAUUAGAGUCUAAAUAGCCAUCCAUUAGCUUUUUGUUCUAAGAACAAUUUCUUUUACAGAGAGUCUCUUGCUGGAUAUGUUUGCUAAAGAUAUUUAAGUUACUUGAAGUGCUCAUUUUAAUAUACAGUAUAUUUUUUUUAACAUUGAAAUAUCCUUUCCAAAAACUUGCCAAUUUGGUUCUAUUUAAAAUUUUUAUGGCAAUUUUUGCAUGUGGUUUUACACAAUGCUUAACGCUGACAAGUUCAUAUUCAAAAGUGGAGGGGUUAGUGACAUUAUAAAAUGUACAUAAUUAAAUGCUGUCUUUGACAAUCGCCGUCUUUUCAGUACAGACAGCAGUCAAAUCAAUGACAAUUCCAAGAGGGUGUGUCUUACUCAACAUGAUAUUUGCUCAAGGAAUAAAUGAGCACUGGGGAUGUCAUUUUACUCUUCCAAAUUACUCAAUAUUCAUGUUUUUUUUUUGACUGCCUUAGUUUAAAGAGGGAAAUAAUUCCUUAACCAUUAUAUUGUCUACAAUAUGCAUGUUUUGUGCAUCCUACUCAGAAAAACAAAACAAAGGCUUGAAGUGUUUUUGUACAGAAUUUUAAGGUACAUAUAUUACUAGUCCUCCUAAAACAUGUCUGAGGACCAAAUGGCAAAAGACACUAAAAAGGACAAAAUAAGCUUCCCUUAAAGUUCCCAGAUUACUGUAUAAUUAGAUAUUAAACUUUAUACCAAUAACUUAUAAAGAAAUAAAGUUGCAAAGUA